UCUCACCGGGACCCGGGCUGCACUCUCCUCCGGCACAAUGAGCAGCGGCUUUGUGGGCACCUGGAAGCUGGUCUCCAGCGAGCACUUCGAUGACUACAUGAGAGCGCUGGGUGUGGGGUUAGCCACCAGAAAACUGGGAAAUUUGGCCAAGCCCAAAGUGAUCAUCAGUAAGAAAGGGGAUACUAUAACCAUAAGGACUGAAAGCACCUUUAAAAAUACAGAGAUCUCUUUCAAGCUUGGCCAGGAAUUUGAAGAAACCACAGCUGACAACCGGAAAACAAAGAGCGUCGUAACCUUGGCCAGAGGCUCAUUGAAUCAAGUGCAGAAAUGGGAUGGCAAAGAGACCACAAUAAAGAGAAAGCUGGUGGAUGGGAAAAUGGUAGUGGAAUGUAAGAUGAAAGGCGUGGUCUGCACCAGAAUCUAUGAGAAGGUCUGAGAAAAUCGAUGCCUCGUUGACCUGAUAUUUGCUCAGCUGUUUCCAUGGCAGAGUCUGACUACACUGCAGUUUGCUUGUUCUUGCUUUUAUCUUAAUAGAUCAGACAGGAUUAAUUUACAAUCCAGCAUUAUUCGAAUAUGUUCAAUAUUCGAAUUGCUUGCAUAUCUUUGCUGUCUUAAAGUGUCUAGAUUGCCCUGACCUAAAUAGUUGAUAAUGUCAUGUAAUUAAUUGUAAAAUUCUAACUUGCAUUUUGCAUACCUGCAAUGAUAAUAAAAGGAAGUAAACAUUCUGGUCAGGGGUAGCUCACACAGAUGCCUGCCAGGCGGGAGUGCCGAGGGGGAGGAGCGGAAGUGAGGCAACCCAGAGGAGCAGCUCCAGCCAAGACAAGCCGUCUCUACUCGACUCCAGCCAAUUUUUUCAAAUUGAGGUUAACUUAUAGACAGCGAAAUGCACAUGUCUUCAAGGUAAAGUUUAACCCAUUGCACGCACCCAUGUCACUCACAUCCUGUUCAAGACAUAGUGCAUUUCCUUAACCCCAGAAUGCUUUCCCAUGCCCCUUCCCAGGUCAUGUCCUGCCCUGCCCACCUCCAACAAAAGCAAACAGUGGCUUAGUUUCUAUCACCAGAGAUUCGUUUUGCCUGUUCUCAAACUUCAUGUAAAUGGAUUCAUAUGUUAUGUGUUCUUUUGUUUGCCUUUUAAAACUCAGCAUGUUUUUGAAAUUCAUCCAUAUUGUUCCUGCAGCAGUAAUGGGUUUCUUCUUAUUGCUGAGUAGUAUCUCAUUGUGUGAAUGUAUCACAGAUUCUUUAUCUCUUAUUCUCUUGAAACAGUUGGGCUAUUUCAAUUUGGGGCUAUGAUGAGCAAAGCUCCUACAAACAUUCGCAUACAAGGCUGUUUGUAGAUACACGAGUUCCUCCCUUUUGGAUGAAUUACUAGGCAUGAAAUUCCUGGGUCCAGUUGGUUUUGACAGGCAGGAAUGAAGGAACUCUGUGUUCCAAUAAUAAUGAAACUAUUUCCGAUGUAUUACAUGAUUGAGCAAAUGAGAAGAUGUAUUAACGUUAGGAGACAGAAUUCUCCCUCUGGAAGAAGGAACAUGCAGCUAUGGAAUGAGGGGGAAGCAAACAAUGUGAAAAUGCACUGGGAUAGAUGGAAAUUCACGGUUUCUAAGGCAUGUAUUUGUAUGUGUGUGUACAAUGUGACAUGCAUACCUGCAUGUCCUGAUGUGCGUAUGCACAUAUGUGUUAAUGUGUAUGUAUACAGUAGUUCCCCCUUAGCCUUAGGGGAUACGCUCCCAGACCCCCAGUGGAUGUCUGAAACCACAGAUAGUACCAAACCCUACACAUACUGUGUUGUUGCCCUAUACAUACAGACCUACGAUAAAGUUUAAUUUGUAAGUUAGGCACAGAAAGAUAUUAACACCAAGAGCUAACAAGAAAAUAGAACAAUUAUGACAAUAUACUCUAAUAAACGUUAUGUGUGUGUGGUCUCUCUCA